UAUAUACAUACUAGUGGUGCUGAGGAUUGUUACAGUUGAAGCACUUUAAAGCCACCAUACAAAGGCAAAAACUGAUAUAAUUUCUUUACUCUUUUUUUUUUUAAAGUAUUUUUUCUUCAGAUUUUGAAUUCCCUUUUGGUUCAUAGAAAAACAAGUUUGUUUCAUGGAGAAAGGUAGUCAUUCAAGUUCAACCACUUUGGCAAGAACCAAAUCGGACCAACUGGUGGAGACACUGGCGGCGGCUUUCAAGUCAGCUCGACAAAGCGAUCAGCAGACACCACCGGGAACCUCCGAAAGCGGAGGGACACUGUCGAGGAAGUCAAGCAAGAGGGUGAUGAUGGGUGCAUCGCCGAGGCGGAGCAGCGGUGAGAAUAAUAACACCUACAUUAGGAAGUCGAGGAGUGCUCAAAUGAAGCUGGACUUGGAGGAACUGAGCAGCGGAGCAGCUCUCAGCCGCGCCUCUAGUGCUAGUUUGGGGUUGUCUUUUUCCUUUACUGGCUUCACCGUGCCGCCGGAUGAGAUCGCCGAUUCUAAACCCUUUAGCGACGACGACAUACCUGAAGAUGUUGAAGCUAGAACCUGUAAGAUGAAAUUUCAGACAGAACCCACUUUGCCAAUAUAUCUUAAGUUCACAGAUGUGACUUAUAAAGUGAUUAUUAAAGGGAUGACAAGUUGUGAAGAGAGGGAUAUAUUGAAUGGGAUCACUGGUGCUGUUAAUCCUGGUGAAGUUCUUGCACUUAUGGGACCUUCUGGAAGUGGGAAGACCACUCUUCUUAAUCUGCUUGGCGGUCGGUUAAUUCAAUCCACCGUCGGUGGUUCGAUUACGUAUAAUGAUCAACCUUAUUCCAAGUUCCUUAAAAGCAGGAUAGGAUUUGUGACUCAAGACGACGUCUUGUUUCCGCACCUUACCGUGAAAGAAACGUUGAUGUAUGCCGCACGGUUACGACUUCCGAAAGUAUUAACGAGACAACAGAAGGAAAAACGAGCCGUCGAUGUGAUUUAUGAAUUAGGCCUGGAGAGAUGUCAAGAUACUAUGAUCGGUGGAUCGUUCGUUCGAGGAGUGUCGGGUGGGGAAAGGAAAAGAGUUUGUAUUGGUAAUGAAAUCAUAAUCAAUCCUUCCCUUUUGUUUCUUGAUGAACCAACCUCUGGUUUGGAUUCAACAACUGCUUUAAGAACUAUUCAAACAUUGCAAGACAUUGCUGAGGUUGGAAAGACAGUCAUAACAACAAUCCAUCAACCAUCGAGUCGAUUGUUCCACAAAUUCGACAAAUUGAUUCUUCUUGGAAAAGGCAGUUUACUCUACUUUGGGAAAGCAUCAGAAGCUAUUGUUUAUUUCUCGUCCAUCGGGUGUUCGCCUCUAAUUGCAAUGAACCCUGCAGAGUUUCUACUUGACCUUGCAAAUGGGAACUUGACGGAUAUUUCUGUACCAUCAGAGCUUGAGGACAAAGUUCAAAUGGAGAAUUCGGAAACUGAAACCGGAAAUGGGAAGCCUCCACCGGCAGUUGUACACGAGUAUCUAGUGGAGGCUUAUGAAUCAAGAGUUGCAAAUACUGAAAAGAAGAAACUUAUGGCUCCUCUUCCAUUAGACGACGAACUGAAAUCAAAAGUGUCAUCUUCGAAGCGACAAUGGGCUGCGAGUUGGUGGCAACAAUAUUGUAUCUUGUUCUGUAGAGGGAUCAAAGAACGAAAGCAUGAUUACUUUAGUUGGUUAAGGAUCACACAAGUUCUUUCAACAGCAAUCAUCUUGGGAUUACUAUGGUGGCAAUCAGAUAGUAAAACGAUUCGAGGCCGUCAAGAUCAGGCAGGGUUGUUGUUCUUCAUUGCUGUUUUCUGGGGUUUCUUUCCUGUUUUCACUGCAAUCUUUACAUUUCCACAAGAAAGAGCAAUGCUAGGCAAAGAGCGAGCCGCCGAUAUGUAUCGAUUGAGUGCGUAUUUUUUAGCUAGAACUACAAGUGACCUACCACUUGAUCUGAUAUUACCGGUACUAUUCCUUCUAGUAGUUUAUUUCAUGGCAGGACUAAGACUAAGUGCUAGUCAUUUCUUCCUCAGUAUGCUUACAGUUUUCCUCUGCAUCGUUGCGGCCCAGGGUCUUGGACUAGCCAUUGGUGCUACACUAAUGGACUUAAAGAGAGCUACUACUUUAGCUUCAGUAACUGUGAUGACCUUCAUGUUGGCUGGUGGAUAUUUUGUUAAGAAAGUACCAGUGUUCAUAUCAUGGAUCAGAUACAUGUCCUUCAAUUAUCACACAUACAAGCUUCUUCUCAAGGUACAAUACCAAGACAUUAUGCCAACAGUAAAUGGGAUUAAAACAGACAGUGGGUUGAAGGAAGUGGGGGCAUUGGUUGCAAUGAUUUUCGGGUAUCGGUUCUUGGCUUACCUUUCAUUGCGUAAAAUGCAACUUCAUUGUGAAGCUUAAAAGAUAAUAGUAAUAGUGUAAUACUACCAACAUUUCCAAGAAUGAAAAAGAAAAAGAAGCUUGAGAUUGCCAUUAUUUUGAGGGUAAUUCUGUAAAAAUAGAAAUUCCUGAGGAUCAGGAAUCAACAAAAUGGGGUUCAACUCCAUUUUUUUUUUCCCUUAAGAAAUUGACAAUGAUGUGUCGUAUGUGAUGAAUUUAACCAUGCACAUGGUGGAUAAUUAGUAAUCUGAAGUUAGUGGAUCCUUUGGCAUAUGAUGUUGAUUUUUUACCAUAAAAGAAAUUAAAUUUGUAUUAUGAAUCA